GUGGGUACCUCAGGUGGUUUUCUCAGGUGCCCCGGGUCAGGUUAGGUACCUACCUCUCCCCUAACACCACCGUACCUCAGGGUAGGGUUUAGGUGCCUAUAGGCAUCGAAAGCUUUCCGGCCCAAGUGCCCAGGCCCUGCGCGCAGAGCGAGGAACCCACAAUUUCGUGUCUGGUCCCAAUCAACAUCCGGCCUCACACACUCUCACUCCGAUUCCAAAUACCAGAGCUUCCUCCCGCUAUAUUCUCCCACCCCUAGCCCUCGCCUUGGCCGUAUACGAUGGAAUACGAGCCCUUGGCCCCGAAACCGCAGCCGGUGUAUGGCCAAGGCUUCUGGUAUAAUGGCAGGCUCACCGUUAGGGGCAUACCUCGCACCGAGCCGUCGGAGUUAAAGCGGCUCAUCUUCGAGCCCGCCCGCGCGACGGCGGAGCAGAUUCAUGAGUGGCGCCAGGAGAACCUCCGCGUGGUCACGAAGCUGUGGCUCGAGGCCCAGACCCGCCACUACGGCCUAGUUCUCGGCCCCGUCGAGAAGUACCGGGGAGACGAGCUGCGGGAGCUCCUCCGUCGGGAAGCCGUGAAGCCGGAUUUCGAUGACUUACAAAGGCAGUACAAAGCCUUUCCAGCUGGCCAGUUUGAACGGAUUAAGGCGGAGUGGGAGGCACAGUGCGCCGCCUACAAGGAGUCCUGCUUCUCUGGCCGUCGACAGGCGGACUUCGAUAACCUAGCCACCUUGGAGGAGAAGCUUAAUUUCGACGUCGACAUGUUCAUGGAGACCUAUUAUAGCGACCGUGCAACGAUCCCGCAUCCCAUGCCCUUUCGCGGCGUUAAUUUUGACCUCGUCAUGGAGGCUGUGUCGCGCGUCCCCGGGCUGUACGCCCAGAAGGUCGGCACCGACUUCCAGAGGAUGCUCUGGAUCGGGUGGAACAAGCAGGAGGUGAAAGAAAUAUGUAGGGAGUACGCAGUGCAGGCCAAGAGGAAUGCUGCCGAGCGCCGCCUUCUGAAGCAGCAGACCUCCCUUCUCUCGGCCGACAAGAACCGUGACAAGGUAUCGAACUGGCGGCUGCGACCGCAUCGCAACUACGUCGCCGUGCUGAAUCAGAACCAGAGCCUUGCGGGCUCUUACAUAGUCGAGAUGUCCAUCCAGGGUGCCCCGAGCGAGUCGUACCAAGAUGGCCACCAAUGGGUCGAAAUCAGGAAGACGGAUUCGCCUGACGUGUACGAGGCAACCUUUGAUUUCAUGCCAGCCAUGAAGGGGGUCAUGAUUCUCGCAAGGGACGACGAAGAGAUCCAAAAGUACAUAGAUCAAUGUGAUCCCCCUAGCCAGUCGGAGCCUCCGGCUAGUAGUGGCGGGGAUGCGACAGGAGGCGGAACCCGGGCCGGUUCGAAGCGGAAGAGGGGUCAGAAUGCCGGUUCCGGACCAAAUCCUGGCAACAAGCGCAUGCGCCCGGUCAUGCCGGACGUCCCCGCAGGGCACACGAGAUACUACUCACGCUGGCGUGGGAGCGUAGGUACCGCCACCAUCGACCCCAUCGGCGAACGGGUGCUCGAGAACCGAGAGAGCGAGGGGUGGGUUGAAUUCCUCAAAGGCAACACGCAGUUCAUCGUGCAUAGCGAGGCGCCGUUGCUGAGUGAUACUAUCCGUGCUUACAAGAUCGCGGACGAACCAAAAUUCAAGGCUUGGAGAUGGACCACGCUACCCAAACUGCCAAACGCGCAGACGUAGCUUAGCAACGAGCGAGGGCUAUUCGUCGCCUCUCGAUUCUAGGAUACGGUGCCGCGCCCUGCCAGCAUAGAGGAUAGUAUUCCAUUGGACAUACAGCAUCCCCGCGAUACUAGUCUACAAAUACCUAGACGUAGUCGAACGACUUCUCGGUCGGGGACGCUGCGACUCUGCCAGGGACGAAGUAAACGGAUAUUUCGAGACUGGGCUCUUCCGAUACUUGUUCACAGCACUGAGGCACUCUUUGUUCAUUGGACCCCAUUAAUCGGCAGGCCGAGGUAUGGAUGGGAGGUGAAUUGG